AUGAUGCUCGUCCUCGCGAUACUCAUCGGUCUCCUCAGUAUUGUCAAAGCAGCAGCUCACAAUGCGGUCCAUCAGCUCGUCCAGCGUGAACCUGUCUCCUAUUGCGGCUACCAAAUCAAGCUUGCGGGUGCUCCAUUCGUCUCUGGCUUUGCUGUUGCUCAGGACUCGAGCUCCAAGCUGUUUGCUAUCGUCAACAUCGGCGAUGGCGGUCAGGUUGGUAUAUCACCUAUAGGCGUGAUUGCUAGCGAUGGCUCAUUGUACACGGAAAUGUCGUUCAUUGGCUCAGAUUUCACGGUCACGAUCCAUCUUUGGGCUAAGCCAGAUGGCACCGUGUCCAGUUUCAGAAUGAGUCAGGCAAAGAUUCGCGGACAGAAUCCGGACAUGAAUGAUGCAAGUCCACUCGAUAAUUACGGCCUCGCGUGCAACGGCAUCAAUAUCGGCAAAUGGCAGCCAACACAGUAG